AUGAAUUAUCAAGAUCAUUUAACGAAAUUUGUUAUCUUGAAACCUCUGAAGACAAAAAGGGCCGAAGAAAUCGCUUUAAAUCUGAUAGAUAUUUAUACAAUAUUUGGUGCACCCGCUAUACUCCACUCGGAUAAUGGUCGUGAGUUUGUUAAUUAUAUUAUAACAAGUUUAAAUGAAAUGUGGGGAGACAUCAAAAUUGUGCAUGGCAAGCCUCGUCAUAGCCAAGGAUCAAUUGAACGCGCGAAUAGGGACGUUGAAGAAAUUUUGGCUUCUUGGAUGGCUGAUAAUAAAUCAAAAGACUGGCCAAUGACAUUAAAAUUUGUGCAAUUUCAAAAAAAUCGGGCUUUGAACUCAGGUAUUGGAAGAUCACCAUACGAGGCGAUAUUUGGUUGUACAGCGAGAACAGGGUUAGCUUCAGCAGGGAUACCUUACGAUAAAAUAGAAAAACUUAAGUCAGAAGAAGAUAUUGAAGAACUUUUAAUAACAGCAACCAUUCAGAUCAUAUUAAUGCAGUAG